AUGGCUUCAUUAUUUCGACGACAGGACCCGGACCCCGAGCUGUGUGUGAAGUAUGCUCACUUUGCUUCUCAUAUGGUGCGAUGGCAGUUCAAGAUUAUCUACUGGACCAUGUUUGUGUCCAACUUAUUGGUCUUGUUUGUUGCUUCGUGGACAUAUAUCCGUGGCCAAGCAGCUAUGGAGAAGCUUGCUCAUAAUCCCAAAGCACGAACGAAACGAAUACGGCAGUCGGUCGCCAUGUGUCUUGGAUGUGUUUCUGUCUCAACAGUCAUCGUCGUCAUGGAAGCGUACUCCAUUCUAGCGCUUCAGUUUUGUGACGGUGAAGACCUCAUCUCACUUUAUUGGUCCACGUGGACCAUGAUUCAAGUUGGUUCAUUGAUUGCCAUGAUUGGUAUCAUUCUUGCAUUGGCACAUACCCUUCGUGGAAGACAGCAUCCACCAUGGGCACUUGCAUUAGGUACACCCGUCCUUGUGAUUGCCGGAUUUCUCCAUCUAUUCCACGACUGCACGAAGAAGCGAAUUCGAAGUCGUCGUCAGAAGAAGGACUUUGAAUUUGGGCCUCCGAUGAGUCAAGCUAACACAAUUUCGGUCAACCCCGAUGAGGAAGAGGACAUUGAAUACAAAGCACAAGUAAUCGGGCUUACAUUCGAUGGUGGUCCCAUCAUUCGAUACACAGAUGCUGUGCCCGAAACCUUACCUGAGCACGCUGAACUCUUGGGAUACUGUGCACAGAAGAAGCCUAUCGUCAUGUGCAAACGCGAGAGUGUUCAAUUUCUGAUGGACUCUCCCGCACAGUUACCGCCAUCAGCAUCACCGGCUUUCCGCAAGGGUAACUGA